AUGCCAGAAAUGUUGGCGGAAUGCGUGCUGAUCACCCGUCCGGUCAACGAAUUUCAUGCAGUUCUCCUAGCGAAACUUCAUCAACUCGCUGAAAUGAGGAACCGCACAGAAUGGGACGCACAAUGCGGUAUCUACUGGAUUGAGUUUGGUCUACCAGUUCAGAACAGCCAAAUUGUUAUGUUGACAGAGGCUGUAAAAGUCCAAGCACAGUGCCAUUCGUCAAGAGCUCUUUCUCAUGAUGAAUCCGAUGCGGUUGAAGAUGAGCGUCAGCUAAGAUCCCUGAAAAAACUGUUCAAGAUGAAUGUGCGAGGACGACGGGGAGUCUCGCGUUUUGGGAAAAUAUACAAGGUCGGAGUUGGCGUCUUUGGCCAGCAUCGAGGUUCAACGUUUAUUUUUGAUUUGCAGACGUUCGCUCGCGCCCUGAACGCAGAGGACUGGGAUUUUGUUACGUCUGAAGUGAAAUUCCUGUCAAUAACAACCACGAUGGCACAGUUACUGGCGGCUUACUUGAUGAGCUCCGCUCCAGGAAAGGAUGCAAGUCAACUUCGGAAAGUUUGUGACACCCUCAACGCGCACAUUACACCAAUUUUCGAUCAGCCAAAUCGAAAUGGUCGACGUGAUGUGAAUCGUGGACGAGAUCGAGAUGAACGUGACCGUGCAGCCAGUGUCAUCGAAUUGUCCAGAUUCCUGCGGCUUAUUCGAGUGAGACUUUCAUUGAAUAAUCUGAAGAACGAGUCUUUGCUGUCGCUCCUGAUCACCUACUUUGGCUAUCUCUUCAAUCGUGCUCUGCUGUCCAAGAAAAGGCCCCAUUUACGUAUGUCGCUCCCUCUUGGCGAGAUUUUUGGACAUGAAUCAGAAUUAAAUCACCUGAACAUUCUGGCCGUUCAAGAGCUGUUAGAGAUGUUCCUCCAAAAUGCUUUCGCCAUAAAUCCCACCAACCCAUUAUGGUUGCGGUCAGCUGCAGAUUUUCGUUACGGGAGAGGUCUUCUUAAUGAGGCUGGAAUACUAUACAUGGAAUAUUUGCUGGCUUCUCGACAACCGUUGCUAUUAUCACCGCAGGAUAGUCAAGUGGAGGAUUUGAUUUGGCGUCGGCUUCGAGUGUGCUUGUCACGUUCACAAUAUUUCUAUUUGGCAGCUCUGAUUUGUCAAAUGAUCGAGCAUAAAAAAGAGGACGAGUAUAUAAAGGCGAUGGAGCUUAUCUUUUCACAAAUAUCACUCGAUGCUGGUGCUAACUAUUCGUGUAUGGUGUUCGAUAACACAUUGGCUGAGCUGUUAUCGGAUAUUUACGAGAGGAACCACAUGGAACCGAGUGCCGAUUUAUUGUUUUCAUUCGCCUACCGUAGUUGUAUGAACCCUGAAGGACGUGAUGUACUGUCAAGAGAGCAGUCAAGGCGCUUCACAACGGCUACUACGUAA